GUGUAGCUGAAAUACAGCUUAGUUACAAUAACAAAAGGGCAGAAAACAAUAAAUUCGGCCGGUCCGACAAAACAGAAAACCCUAAUAUCUAUGAAUAAGUUACUGGUCUCUGGGAAAAACUGUUCUUUAUAAGUGCAGUGGUUCUUAGCCAUUAAGAAUCUGGUGAGAGCAGUGUGCCCCCACCCAAAUAUAUAUUUAUAUAUAGAAAUAGAGAUGUAGACACACACUUUGAAAUAGGAUCUUGCAGUUUCUGAAAAUUCAUGUAAUUUGAAAUACCAUUCUUGAACCCCAGGUGAGGGACACCUACAUUAUUAUAAGUGUGAUGGUACUUGUGGUUUGGGGACAGUUCUGAGAGAGGCGUGGUAGUGCUUGGGAUUGUCACUCCUCAGAUGUGGUGCAUGGACCAACUAAAGCCUCGUUACCUGGGAGCUUGUUAGAAAUGCAGAAGGCAUUUCUAGAACACAUCAUCUGGGUGAUGGUGGUAUUGUGUCUUAUUUUAAUUUAAAAGUUAAAGCUUUCAAAACAUGGGGUAUAACUGUCUUUAGCCUUUACUUUGCAGUCUUCAACUCGUUUGUUUUUUUUUAAUGGAGGUGGAGUUUCUGAUAAAGUAGCAGUUUUCAGGAAAAAGCUGGGAAUCAAGAGUGAUAAGGUUCACCUGGUGAGGAAGACUUGGGAGCAGGCAGCUUCUUGCUCCAGCCACCAGGUGACACCACUGGCCCAGGGCACCUUGGCUGCCUUCCUAACAGGUGGGGGUGGUGCUAUGGUAAGGAGCACCUGGCUGUGAGCCCCUGUUGUAGUUCUCUGAGGCAAGUGCCUGUAACUCAAGAGUACAUCUAAUUAGAUUUGGGACCUGGUGCUGAUUGAAGCCAAAUUCAGGAUUUUAGACUGCUGUGUCAACAGCCACAGGCUAAAACCGUGACUAGGAACUGCUGAGGUGGCUGAACUAUUUAAUUUCAGAUCCUUAUAUUCCCUAAUAAACAACGACUUUCAUGACUUAGUGCUUAUACACAAGAAAAACAUGCUUUCCUUUAGAUGAAUAUGUAAUCUGAGUGGUGUUUGAGGCUGGAUCCUCUCUUGGAAGAUGUGGUGUUGGAUUAAGUCUGUGUCCCGUCCUAGAGGAAAGGGCUUUCACUUCCAAGUUCUCAGGAAGGUGGCGUGGCCACACAAGUUGUAUGUGCGCGAUCUGCUAACAUGAACACCAGCCCUCCCAGUGAACCUAACCAUGUGUGCUUUGUUCUCUGGUAGGUGCAUCUCCUCACUGCCUUGUAUUGAAGACAGAACGAUGCCGAAGAAAGCAAAGCCCACAGAGAAUGGGAAGGAAGAGGGGUCAGUUCCCUGUAAGCAAGUGAAGUUAGAGGCAGCUGGAGAACCCUCCUCCACUUUAAAUUUUGAAAGCCCCAGUGAUCUCUUUGAAAGUUUAAUCUCGCCCAUCAAGACAGAUAUUUUUUUCAGGGAAUUCUGGGAGAAGAAGCCUCUUCUCAUUCAGAGAGAUGACCCUGCAGUGGCCACAUAUUACCGGUCCCUGUUCAGGCUGUCAGAUCUGAAGAGUCUAUGCAGCCGGGGUAUGUACUAUGGAAGAGACAUUAAUGUCUGCCGAUGUGUCAAUGGGAAGAAGAAGGUUUUAAAUAAAGAUGGCAAAGCACACUUUCUUCAGCUGAGAAAAGAUUUUGAUCAGAAAAGGGCAACAAUUCAGUUUCAUCAACCUCAGAGAUUUAAGGAUGAACUUUGGAGGAUCCAGGAGAAGCUAGAAUGCUACUUUGGCUCCUUGGUUGGCUCGAAUGUGUACAUAACCCCUGCAGGAUCGCAGGGCCUCCCACCCCAUUAUGAUGAUGUUGAGGUUUUCAUCCUGCAGCUGGAGGGAGAGAAGCACUGGCGCCUGUACCAGCCGACUGUGCCCCUGGCCAGGGAGUACAGUGUGGAGGCCGAGGACAGGAUCGGGAGGCCGGCCCACGAGUUCACGCUGAAGCCGGGUGAUUUGCUGUACUUCCCCAGAGGGACCAUUCAUCAAGCGGACACUCCUCCGGGGCUGGCCCACUCUACUCACGUGACCAUCAGCACUUACCAGAACAAUUCCUGGGGAGAUUUCCUUUUGGACACCAUGUCGGGGCUUGUGUUUGACACCGCAAAGGAAGAUGUGGAGCUCCGGGCUGGCAUACCCCGGCAGCUCCUCCUGCAGGUGGAAGCCACGGCUGUUGCAACAAGAAAAUUAAGUGGCUUUCUGAGGACCCUUGCAGACCGCCUGGAGGGCACCAGAGAGCUGCUUUCGGCAGACAUGAAGAAGGAUUUUGUUACGAGCAGACUCCCCCCUUACUAUAUGGGAGACGGAUCAGAGCUUUCCACGCCAGGUGGACAGUUACCAAGGUUGGACAGCACAGUGAGACUGCAGUUUAAAGACCACAUUGUCCUCACAGUAGGGCUGGAUCAGGAUCAGUCUGAUGAAACUCAGGAAAAGAUGAUUUACAUCUAUCAUUCCUUAAAGAAUAGGAGAGAGACCCACAUGAUGGGAAAUGAGGAAACAGAGGGUCAUGGACUUCGCUUUCCUUUGUCACAUAUGGAUGCACUGAAGCAAAUUUGGGGCCAUCCAGCUGUUUCUGUCAAGGACCUGAACCUUCCUACAGAUGCGGAAAAGGAAAACCUGGUGUUAUCCCUCUGGACAGAGUGCUUAAUCCAGGUAGUCUAGUGCCUUUCCAGAAUUAUCUCCUAUAUACAUAUGAAAAGGAGUCAACAGCCUGGGCAUGGCCCUUUACCAACCGGAGACCUACCUGUUUGAGGAAGUUGGUUGGCCAUGUGUAUUACAGAGGUACGUGGAGGAAAGAAUGGCAGAUGAAGUGUCUCAGAAAGUAACAAAACUGUACUUUUGACAAACUCAUUUAAUCCAGUGUGGUAGAAAAGGCACAACUCCAAUAAAUGUUAUCACUGAAAUUUGAA